UAUAUAGUGCAUCGUUAUAGAGCCAGACAUAGAACCGGAAUCAGAAAUACAUACACCCAAACACGCAGACAAUUUGCCCGGCUGAUCCAUCCCAGAUAUAAGUGAAGUGACGUGAAGUUUACCAGAUGGAUAAUUGGAAUGUUUUGGCAGCGCAAACAACAGCCCAAGCUAUUGGACGCGACGAUGCGGUGGUAAAGACGCGACUGACCAUCGAGAAGCUGCCCGACAAGGUGCUGCUGCACAUCUUUUCGUAUCUGUCGCAUCGCGAGAUCUGUCGCCUGGCUCGGAUCUGUCGUCGCUGGCGUCAGAUUGCAUAUGAUACGCGCCUCUGGAAGAAUGUGUCCCUCAGGCCGGAAGUGUCCGGUCUGCAUGUGGGCUCCCUGGAGAUGCUGCUACAGCUGAUAUCGGUGAGAUUCGGGCCGACGCUGCGGUACAUCGAACUGCCCAUCGAGCUGAUCACACACACGGUGCUCCACGAGCUGUCCGGAAAGUGCCCCAAUCUGACGCACAUGCUGCUGGACUUCUCCACGGCCAUGCAGCUGCACGAUUUCAGCGAGAUGCAAACCUUCCCCACCAAGCUGCGUUACAUGUGCAUCUGCCUGUCGGAGGUGAUCUUCAUGGAGGGUUUCAUGCGAAAGAUCUACAACUUCAUCAAUGGCCUGGAGGUGCUCCACCUCAUUGGCAGCUACGAGAAGUGCGAGGAGGAUGAGGAGGAGAUCUACGAGGUCAUCAAUGUGCACAAGCUCAAGUCGGCGACGCCCAAUUUGCGUGUAAUCAAUCUGUACGGCAUCAACUUCAUAGAUGACUCGCACAUCGAUGCCUUCAGCUCCAAUUGCAUCCAGCUGGAGUGCCUGGCCGUUAACUUUUGCAACAAGGUCACCGGAUCCACCCUCAAGACCCUCAUCCAGCGCUCCAAGCGUCUGACCUGUCUGCUCAUGAACGGCACCAGCCUCAAGUCUGAGUUUGUGAUGCAGGCGGAGUGGGACAAGUGCGCGCUCCAGGAGCUGGAUAUCACGGCCACCGAUCUGUCGACUGAGUGCCUGGUGGACAUGCUGACGCGCAUACCCAGCCUGAAGUUCCUCUCCGCUGGACAGAUCAAUGGCUUCAACGAUAGCGUGCUCAAGCUGUGGAUGGAGUCGGGAAACACCAGACCUCUCAUUUCUCUGGAUCUGGACUCCUCGGACAACAUCUCCGAUGAGGGAUUGCUGAAGUUUCUGCAGCGCCACGGGCAUCAGCUGAGUGCCUGCUGCCUCUCGGGCAUGCCACACAUCACGGAUCAGCUGUGGAUGAGCAUCCUGCCGCUGCUGGGCAACUGCAAAAUAGUUGUCAUGGGCACGGCGGAGAAGCUGGGCGUGAACAUCCAUGUGGAUCAGCUUAUGGACACGAUUGCCUCCAACUGCGGCAACCUGGAGCGUCUCGAGCUGCGCUGGGAUCCCGACAAUCUCCGUUUCUCCGACAAGAGCCAAAAGGCCAUCGACAUUCUGCGCGUCAAGUGCCUCAAGCUGCGCUGCAUGGUACUCAGCGAUGGUCGCUACUAUGAGACGGUCAAGGCAAACUUUGAGCGCGCCGAUCGCAUCACUGUGGUGCGUACCACGACCUGCUGCCGGGUCUCUCCAUAUCAUCUACUGCGCAACUACAACGAUUUGAUCUUUAACUAAAACCAAGUGGAUAGAAUUGGGAUACAUACAGUGCGUUUCAUAAGAGUUCUCUCUCUCUGUCUCUCGCUCGUUACACGAACUUUGAAUUAAUUGCUUCCUCAAUGUUAAUUCUUUUGUGCCCGUUCCACGGUGCAAUCCAUCCCUCUUAUGGCUGCCUCCGCCCCCACCACAUAUCUCUAGUCAAAAAGUCUUUACAAUCGUUUCUGUGUGGUUUGUUUAUCGCUUACAUUAUAUUGUGUUUUGUUGUUUGUUUUCUGUAUUUUCCGCUUCUUUCGUUUGAUUAAAUUAAAUCUAAAUAAACGUACAUAGGUAAUUUAAAUAAAAACAAGAACAAAGGA